GCUGCUCGCCUGCGGGUCGGGAGGCUGCGCCCACCCUGCGGCGGCGGCUGCCGGGCGAGCCAUGGGCACGGUGCCGUCCGCGCUGAAGCACUGCCUCAGCUACCAGCACCUCCUCAAGGAGCAGCUGUGGAUCGCGGAGCCGCCCGCGGCCGCGCACCCCGCGCAGGAACCUCAAGCAUUUGGACUGCCUGAGUACAUAAAGAUUGUAGAAGUUGGGCCAAGGGAUGGAUUACAAAAUGAAAAGGUGAUAGUCCCAACAGAUAUAAAAAUUGAGUUAAUCAACCAGCUUUCCAAAACAGGCCUGCCUGCAAUAGAAGUGACCAGUUUCGUUUCAUCCAAAUGGGUCCCUCAGAUGGCAGAUCACAAAGAAGUAAUGAGGGGCAUUGAGCGGCAUCCUGGAGUCCAGUAUCCCGUUCUCACACCUAAUCUUCAAGGUUUUCAUUCUGCUAUCGCAGCAGGAGCUACAGAAGUCUCAGUAUUUGGUGCAGCGUCUGAAUCUUUUAGCAAAAUGAAUAUUAACUGUUCAAUUGAAGAAAGCAUAGAAAAGUUUGAAGCAGUCACUAAAUCUGCAAGGAAUAUGAAUAUUCCAGUGCGUGGGUAUGUGUCCUGUGCCUUGGGAUGCCCAUAUGAAGGAAAUGUCAUACCAGAAAAAGUGGCAGAAGUAUCUAAGCGGCUGUACAGUAUGGGCUGUUAUGAAAUCUCUCUGGGAGAUACAAUUGGUGUGGGGACGCCUGGAAGUAUGAAAAAAUUGUUGGAAGCUGUUAUGAAAGAAAUUCCUUUGAGUGCUCUUGCUGUUCACUGUCAUGACACGUAUGGCCAAGCAUUAGCCAAUAUCCUCACAGCCAUACAGGUGCCAGAUUACGUUUGCAGACAUUUUCCUCUUAAGUUUUCAGACCUGCAUUUCUGUGACUGACAUAAAAGAAUAUACCUGUAAUGCCCAUAAUGAUGAACUUCCAAAUAAAUAUAUCAUAUGUAAGAACAUUUCUCUAUUAGAAAAUUCACUUAACAUUUGUAUCCUGCAGUCAGUUCUUUCACAUUCGAUUUGUCUGGCAUAUUUUAGUAGAUACCCUACAAGGAUGAGGACUCAUCCUAGCUUAUGCCAGGGAAUGACUAGUAGUUACAGCUAGAAGCCAAGCAAGUUAGAGAAGCUAAAUAAAAUAGAGAAAUGAUAAAAUAAAAUAAUGGUAAAAUGGCAUGAAGGUAUGGAUAGAAGUGGUGGAAGGCUGAAAGGGAAAAAGGCAAAUGCAUGUGUAUAGUAAAUCCAGAUAAAUUGUUUCAGGGUUUCUGUUGGUGAUUUAUUACCUUUUUACUGAAUUACACAUACAAACGUGUACAGUCACUGUUUAAUCUCUUGAUAUAAAAAGAAGCGACAGGAUAAUUUUCUUGAAGUACAGUUUUACAAAACUAUGUUGUAAAAAGUUAUAAGCCCAAUUCCUUUAGCUUAGUUUUCAUGAGAUUUAUGUACUGAUCAAGAAAGAAAAAAAAACCCCAAACAAUACUGUAUUAUUCUUUAUUUGUAAGCAAUGCUCUUUUUUUAUUUCCCUGGAAAGCACAAUCAUCCAGAGCUAUAGUGCAGUACAAUGAAUUGACACUUCUGUUUUAAGGCAGAGAAGAUAGAUAAGCAACUAUGAAAACAUGUGAAGCCUUGCUUGUACUCAUUGUGCUAGGAAUUUCUCCUAUAACAGUGCAUACAAACUUUUUAGCUGAGGAAGCCAGUCCAGCCACAUUUUUCUGUUGCACAAAUCAAAAAAUACUAGUUUUGGGGAGUUCAAUAAUAACUGACAAAAUGAACUUGUAGGUAUUGAUCUGCCAAAAUUCUUGCUUCAAUAAUGCAUUAAAUGAUACUAGUAUUUUGGGGUUUUUUCAGCAGUGUGAUGGGGCACUCACUACCUGGCAAUUAAAUUAUUCAUAUCUGAUCUAAAUUUUAACAGAGCAAAGAAUAGUCAUGACAGUUCAGUUAAAAUUUCAACACAGUCUUACAGACUAUUUUUCUAAGCUAAUAGGGAGGUACUGUAUGGAAUUAAGGAGGUACAGGAGACAGGAGGCAUAGCAUCUUGGCUUGGCUUUUUCUUUUUUUUUUUACUUUAUUCGUAAAACAGAAAUAAGGCUUAUCUCUUAGUUUGUGAAAUGCUAGAAAAAAACCAGAGGAAGAUCAUCAGACCAGUACAAAUAGUUUUUAUGAAGAUUUAAAACUAAUUUUUGAAAUUGGAAUUUAAAAACAGAAUAGAUUUCAAGUUUUGUGUAGAAUGUAAUUUUUAGAUUAAAAAAGCUAAGGUAUCUGAAUAAGCAAAUGAUCAAAAUACAUACAUGCCUAAUCAAAUUAUCUGAGCCUGUAACCUUCCAUUUCUUUUACCCUGCACAACUUGGCACUCUGAAGACAUUAUGUAGCACAAUGUGAGCAUAGGAGAGACUUGCCAUAUGAAGCAUGCACAUAUUUGGGAAUAUUGAAAAAAAAAUCAAUAUUUUUGAGGAAUAGCAUAGAAAUGGAAAGGCUUCAGCGCACCUCACAAAUUUGCUUUUCUCUGCUGUUUACAAAUAUAUGCCAGGAAGCUGCAGAAGACUUAACAGAGAUCUCCAGAAACUAAUUUCAAGGUUCAGAUAGGGAAAAGUUACAAAAAAAUUCAGCUUGACUGAGAAUAGCUGUACAGAAUUCAGGAAGGACUGGUCAUGCUUCAGUAUUUUGCUGGAAUUCUUUGAGGCAAUCACUGCCAAAGAAGACAAAGGAUGUACAAUGGCCAUCAUAUGCUUUGAUUUUUCAGAAAACAGUUUGAAGUGUUCAGCACUGGAAGUUAAUAUUAAGGUGUGGAGGCAUGUAAUAAGUGGAAAGUUGGCUAAAUGGCAGGAAAAAAAUGGAAUUAUGAAAUGGAAUUUCUUUAAGCUGGAAAGCACCCAUCAGCAGGGUUGUGGGUAUAUUGUUUUGUGGGUCCUAGGUUUUCCUGCUUAAAUGAAUACUUUGCGGUACCAUAAUGCUCAUGUUAAGGGCAAUUGUUUUAACUUGUAGAAAUUAAAUUUUUUCAAAGUUCAGAUUUCCAUUGUGAGAAACAGGAUAGCUAGCACAAUUUCUAAGUGGAAAUCUGUGUAAUAUUCUAAAACAUGCAAAAGAAAAUAUUUGAGAUCAAACAUAAGAGAAUGGGAAUACACAUAAUUUUAGGUAAUGCAAGAAACUUUAUUACAACAUGCAUGUUCUUUUAAAUAAGGGUAUUCCUAGAUUUCUACUUUUGGAUUUUUAUAAGAAUUAAAUUAUCCUGGGAACUUACUAGGUAUUUUCUGGGUUUGAAAGUACAAACAGUACUUCUGAAUUAUUUGUUAGCAAACUAGGAGAAGUGUUGGCAGUAAAAUAAAAUUCUUUAGAAAACA